CAUUAAAAUCUUGUUAUCACAUAUAAAUCCCUGCGCUCAAUUACACUUAAGAAAUAAACGUAAGCACAGGUGCCCCGUUUAUUUUAAAUACCGGAGUUAAUUUUUAGGACAAUUACCUGGGGUUAUAUAUUAUUGACGUUUGCCAACGCAGGCAACACUUAGUAAAGGACUAAGGUUCAAGGCAACUUUAUAUUCUAGGGAAUGUUUCGUUUAUUUUAACUACAUUAAAACAAAACCUUCACGUUUAUCAAGAAAUAAAAAUGUUUGUUGGAACAUUGUUGCCAUGGAUUAUCGUGAUCAUCGCAAGUUUGCAUGCGAAAAAAAAUCAAAGUCCGGAGGAUUUCACAUCGCAAAUUACAAGUGCGGAUGAUGGUGACCAGACAGAAGAAAGCGAAAGUGAUAAAAUUGUGAUAUUUAUCGUGGACGCAUCGGACCAAUGGAAAGUCAAAAAGACUUCACAAAAUCUUUUAGAUUCAGUGAUGGAGAAACUGAAAUAUUCGAAUGACAAAGUUAAAUUUGCUGUGGUCUAUGUUUCGGAAAAAUCUGCCAGAUUGUUUGACUUCAGAAAAAUAACAGAUCUAACAGUUGUUAAUGAAACGCUGAAUGGGGAUCAAUAUAAAACUUUGGCCAGCGCCAAAGAAUUAGUUGACCUAACGUUGUCUUGGAAUGAAUGCAAACCGAAGCUUGAAGGAGAAAUAGCUGAGCAAUGCGCCAUGACUAUUAUUUCAGAUGGAGAGUCAGAAUUUUUCAACAAUGAGAAUGUGUUUACACAAUGGAAAGACGCAGGGAAUAGAAUAUUAAUUGUUGGUAUUGGAGGGAAGGCCACGGGACCCGCUUUUACAACCUUAGCAUCGAAGCCGAAAGAUCUGCUCCUAGUCCAGUCAUCUAGUAAGCUGCUGGCAGUCCAAAACAAACUAAUUGAAAGGCUUGAGGUCAUCGAGGACGAUGACGAAGAGGAGGACUACGACGAAGACGAGCAGCUGAUUAUUUAUCUGGUAGACUCGAAAGAAGAUCUAGGCAAAGAGGAGUUAAAGAGUCAACGCAAGCUCUUAAUGAGUAUAAUGACGGUUCAGAAAGAGGACAAUGCCAAAGUUAAAUUUGCAGUUGUCGACGUAUUGCACAACUCUGCCAGGCUUUUUGAUUUCCGAGAUCAAAGUGAUUUAAAAGAAAUCGAAAAGAUGCUAAAGAAAGAUGAUUACGCAGUGUUAUCAAAUGCAAAAGAAUUAAUAGACUAUACAAUGGAUUGGAAAGAGUGCAAUCCUAAAAGGAAAAAGAAAUGCGUCAUGGCCAUUGUUUCAGAUGGAAAAUCGCAAUUUUACCAAAAAGUGGAAGAUUUUUCUAAAUGGAAAAAUUCGGGACAUAAAAUUGUGGUAGUUGGAAUUGGAAACAACUUUAAAAAAUCCAAACUCGCAGUCUUGGCCACAGAGGAAGAUGACCUGAUUCUUGUUCAAUCGCAUGAUAAACUGGGAACUAUAGUAAGGGAACUUAAUCACAGAAUAGAUGAGCAACAUAGCAAGACUAGUGACGAGGAUAGUAGAAGCUCUGAAUCAGGCGGAAAAGGAACAUCCAAUUCUGGGCAACGUAGCGAGACUAGCGGCGAAGAUAGUAGAAGCUCUGAAUCAGGCGGAAAUGGAACAUCCAAUUCUGGAAAUGGGCCUUCAGUUGAGGCGAAAGAACAGGUUCAGAUUUUUAUUCUUGAUGCUACAAAAAAUACAGAAAACGUGGAUUUAAAAUCACAAAUAAAAUUUAUAACUCAAGUUAUAAAGAAACUGAAAGAAAAUAAUAAAGAAGUUAAAUUUGCAGUUGCCUUCGUGUUUGAAAAUUCUGCCAAAUUUUUUGACUUGAGAAAUUUUACCAGUUUAACACGCCUCGAUAAAAUAUUGAAAGGAGAUAAAUAUGUGUCUGUAUACAAUUUGGCGGAAUUAAUAAAAAUAACAAUGACAUGGGAACAAUGUCGUGAAAAGAAUAAUGAGGAAACCUCCAACCAAUGUGUCAUGACUAUCAUUUCAGACGGACAAUCAAAAUUUUUCGAAAAUGGUGACGAGGUUACAGAAUGGAAAGAUAUAGAAAAUGGAAUUGUUGUAAUCGUAGUCGGAAAAGACGGCAAAAAUAAUUCGAUAGCAGACCUGGCUUCAUCACCAGACAACGCCAUCUUUAUUGAAUCGCCUGAUGAAUUAGAAACGAUUAAAAGCCAACUUCUUGAGAAAUUGGAUGACGAGAAUUCUCAAAAAAAACAUGAAGAAAAUGUCGAAACGAAAAUUGUGAUUUUUGUGACUGAUUCAUCUAAAAAAAAACUGUUAAGAGAUUCAGAUAUUGAAAUCAUAUUUUUGAUUAGUGCAAUGAAGAAACUGCAAAAGAAAAAUGACAAAAUUAGAUUCGCAGUUGUCAAUGUUAUGGGUAGCUCUGCCGGGCUGUUUGACUUACGUAACCAAACUGAUAUAUUAGUAAUUGAAAAGAUCUUGAAAAAAAACGAUUAUAUAGCUGCAUCAAGCGUAAAAAAGUUAUUACACUUAAUAAUGUCAUGGGAAGAAUGCCGUCCAAAAAAGAAUGAGAAAACUUCAGCUCAAUGCACAAUCACUUUUAUUUCAAAUGGAAAAGCAGAAUUUUUAGACGAUGUGGAAGAAUUUUCCAAAUGGAAAGAGUCUGGAAAUAAGAUUGUGAUUGUGGGUAUUGGAAAAGAAUUCCCAAACACUGCUAUUUCAAACCUGGCAUCAACGGAAGAUGAUUUGAUCCAUGUUCAAUCGCCUUAUGAGUUGCCAACUGUAGAAAACAAUUUGAUAGAGAUACUGGAAACAAAAAUUCCUUCAGAGGAAACGCAAGAACAGGUUCAUAUUUUUAUCCUUGACGCUACCAAAAACACCGAGGGCCUAAAUUUGAAUGCACAAUUCAAUUUCAUGACAAAUAUCAUAGAGAAACAGAGAGAGACCAAUGAUAAAAUAACAUAUGCAGUUGUCGUCGUUUCGGAGAGUAAAGCAAGGUUGUUUGACAUAAGAAAUGUAACUGAUUAUACAGAGGUUAAUAAA